CCGCUCGCAGAGAGAUUCGGAGGAGCCCGGGCGGGGGGGAGGAGGAGGAGGGGCAGGAGGGAGCGGGAGAUCUCGGGGCUCGGAGUCGGCCGCCGCUCCGCUCCGAUCGCUGUGGGGCUCGGUUUUUUGGGGGUGGGGGGGCGGGGGGGCUCAGAUAUGGAGGCAAAUGGGAGCCAAGGCACCUCGGGCAGCGCCAACGACUCCCAGCACGACCCCGGUAAAAUGUUUAUCGGUGGACUGAGCUGGCAGACCUCACCAGAUAGCCUUAGAGACUAUUUUAGCAAAUUUGGAGAAAUUAGAGAAUGUAUGGUCAUGAGAGAUCCCACUACGAAACGCUCCAGAGGCUUCGGUUUCGUCACGUUCGCAGACCCAGCAAGUGUAGAUAAAGUAUUAGGUCAGCCCCACCAUGAGUUAGAUUCCAAGACGAUUGACCCCAAGGUUGCAUUUCCUCGUCGAGCGCAACCCAAGAUGGUAACAAGAACGAAGAAAAUAUUCGUAGGCGGGUUAUCUGCGAACACGGUGGUGGAAGAUGUAAAGCAAUAUUUCGAGCAGUUUGGCAAGGUGGAGGAUGCGAUGCUGAUGUUCGAUAAGACCACCAACAGGCACAGAGGGUUCGGCUUUGUCACUUUUGAGAAUGAAGACGUUGUGGAGAAAGUCUGUGAGAUUCAUUUCCAUGAAAUCAAUAAUAAAAUGGUAGAAUGUAAGAAAGCUCAGCCGAAAGAAGUCAUGUUCCCACCUGGGACAAGAGGCCGGGCCCGGGGACUGCCUUACACCAUGGACGCGUUCAUGCUUGGCAUGGGGAUGCUGGGCUACCCCAACUUCGUGGCGACCUACGGCCGCGGCUACCCCGGGUUCGCUCCCAGCUACGGCUACCAGUUCCCAGCCCUAUUACCAUAUUUAAAUGCAAGCUUCCCAGCAGCGGCUUACGGACCAGUGGCAGCAGCGGCGGUGGCGGCGGCAAGAGGAUCAGUCCUGAAUAGCUACAGUGCUCAACCGAAUUUUGGCGCGCCCGCUUCCCCGGCAGGCUCCAACCCGGCGCGGCCCGGAGGCUUCCCGGGGGCCAACAGCCCAGGACCUGUCGCCGAUCUCUACGGCCCUGCCAGCCAGGACUCCGGAGUGGGGAAUUACAUAAGUGCGGCCAGCCCACAGCCGGGCUCUGGCUUCGGCCACGGCAUAGCUGGACCUUUGAUUGCAACGGCCUUUACAAAUGGAUACCAUUGAGCAGGUGCUUUCGUUGCCAUCUCACUCUGAGAGCAUACCUGGAUGUCCAGGCAAGACUGGGCGAAGUUUCUGAGUGGCCCUUUGUUUAGGUGAUGUCAUCAGACCUGGACCCCCACCAGCUUCACUCCCCAUCCCAACCAGAGAUGGCUCGCUUCGGAUCGAGGGUUGACACAUCUCAUCAUCUCACGAGUCUGCUGUAAUAUAAGACAACAGCUUUUCAAUGUGUAUAUAACCCAUGAUUUUGGUUUUGUUUUGUUUUUGUUUUUCUUGAUGGUUUCCCUUCCCCUUCUCUCUUGCCCCUUCUCCUUUGAAAUCUCUUUGAAUCACAUUUAGUAGUGAUUUUGACUUAGUCCAGUAGUCAUAUAGCUUUAAUAUCUAGUUAAAAGCUAACCAUAGUAUAAUUGUUAUAUUAAGGUAUUUUUUUCUUUAAAAAAAAACUUUUUUUGCUUGUUUGGAUUCUGUUCUCACUUUUAAAGGAUGCUGAGAUGGUAAUAUUACUCUCAAUAUUUUGGUACCAAUUCUGAGACUGUAUGGAUUUUCAGGUGCAACUUGAGCGCGCAGGGGGAAGCGCGGGCGCGAAGUGUGGAGGGAGGCGGGCACUGGCUUUCCACUGCGCUGUCCGAGGAGUGAGAUGCAGUAGGCUAAUCACAGACUGCGCAGUUCUUUUUGGUGAUGUCUCUUUGUUAACCUAAGUAUAUCUAUUUUCGGCAAUAAGGUAAGGAUGACCAUGUUUCGAGUGUCCUCCUUUUCUAGAAGUGCUUUUUUUCUGUUAAAAGAGGUGAUAUAAGGUUUUUUGAAAUUGUGACUUCUAAAAAAAAAAAAAAGAAAUGUUGUAAAUACAAUUCCAUUAACUACAUAGAAACUAUUAAGAAAGAGAGAAUCAAAAAUAUUUUUGUGAGGGAGUCGGUCCCAGGCAGCUCGAUGCUCGGCGGCGGGAGGAGGGGAAGGAACCAGAGCCCAGUCGGUUGCUGAGGCUGAAGAACACCCAGCUGCCAGGACGACCCCGGGAGAGUUGGAACACUGUUUAGCUCCUCUUGUCUGUGUGAUAGACUCGAUUAGUGUCAUACCAGCAUAUUAACCUCUCGUCUGUGCACAGCUUCAAAUGUUACCGUCUAGUUAGAUUUUUAUUUAAAAUAUGAAAAACCGCUUUUCCCAAGACGUUUUUUAAAAACAAAGCUACAAUUUUAAUAUUUAACAUAUUUAAAGUUUCAAAGCACAUCUGUUUGGCUUGGGUAGGGAGGGGUGGGGAGACAUCCUUUUUCAGUCUUAAUUUUUAAAUAUUUGAUCAUUUUCUAUUGUCCAAUCAUUUCAGCACCUCCAAAGGGCCCUGGGACAGUUUGCCUCUCUUCUCCCCCCGCUCCCCUCCCCCCCCCCAACGUCCCUCACCCGCCCCCAGCUCUGGGGCCCCCAGGCCAGGAGUGGAUAAGCCUGCAUUAAUGAAACCUUUUCUCCAUUCACUUUCUAUUUACCAAUUAGGAAAGCAACCUUUCGGUUUAUAUAUUAUUUUUAAUACCUCAGUGCUGCAAGUAUCACCAGAGAGGCUAUGGAAGAAUUUUUUUUUUUUAAUUUAUUGUAGAUGUAAACAGAAUUUUAAAAAUAAAAAGUAUAAACAUCGCUGCACUGUGACUGGUGGGAAAAACUGACAGUUUCCUGUUUGCACAUGUUAACAUUUGGCUGUUAUAAUAUAUGGUCCUCGGUUGGGGAAAGAUACUUAUGAUGAAGGAUAUUUUUUAAUUUAACUUUUUUUUAAUAUUGGUAAUAGGUCGGCAACAGCAACUAUAGAAGUACAACUCAAUAGAUGGCAUUAAAACAUAUUGUAGUGUGGAUAUAUAUUUUUUCUUUUUUAAAAUGUGAUAUUGCCGUUUUAUUAAUAUUUUUUAAAUUGUUACGUUUAUAAAUUUGGUACUUAAGGCACAGCCAGUAUGAGACACUGAACGCGACAUUUAUUAUAAAGAGCUGCUGCACUCCUAUUUUUAUAAAUUUUACUAACAAAGUAGACUAAUGUAGACAUUCACAGACACGGUAGGGCAAAUGCAUCUUCAAACGAAAGGCUCCAAAAUGCUCACUCGGAAAGAAAGAAAAAAAGAGCCUUUUUUUAUUCCAAUUAAACAACAACACUUAAACAUAAUCAUGUUAUUUGUUUUUCCAAUAAAAUGUUAGGUUGUUUGGUGAGAUUUUGGGGAGGGGUUUGUUUUUCUUUCGAUUACCAAACAACCAGGUUAAAGUCAAAAGCUGGGCGCUUUUAAAAUAUCCAAACUGAAUUGUUCAAGUAAUAAAAUAACAAAAUAGACAUUUUAUUUAAGGAAAAAAACAAAACACAAGCAAAACAAAAAGAGACAGUAAAUUCCCAGAAACUCAGUGUCUAGACUAGGGAAUUGAAUUACUGUUUUGUCCAUGUUGGUGAUGUACUGUACUACCCUGCCUUUCUCUGCAUCCCCACCACCUCACAGGAGACUCUUUGUUGAUCACUGUCUGUUAAUAAUGUAUAAAAUGGCUAUCUUGUAAGCGUGCUGUCCUGGUACUAGUAUAGUGACUUUUUUUCUCCUCUUUCUUCUAGUACAUAUUGAUAGGUAUAAUGUAAUUAAGGUUUAAAAAUUUAGACAUAGUUAUUCAGAUUUAGGACCAGUAAGGAUAGAACUUUCUCUUAUUUAUGGAAAAAAAAAAGUUAAUAAUUUGGGGGCAGUUUAUUCCUUUUAAUUUUUCUUUUUUUUUCGAUUUCAAGUUUUCAUUUUAUUUCUUGCUGAUCUGAUGUGGUUUCAACUAACCCAAGGUCUCACGAUGUUCAAAUGCCGGCAGACUCCACGGCGUUUUGUAGAUUCCCACCCACCCCACCCCGCAACUGUGAAGGGGUGUGCCAUACUACCUUAAAUGCUAAUGCUAGAUAUGCAAAACUGGAUUUUUUUAAUUUAUUUUUUAAAAGAGGGAGGCAUGGUAUAUUAAAAUGAUUUUACUAAGAGAAAAAAAAUAUUUUUUUAAGAAUGCUCAGAAGAAAUUGAUAAUCUGUGUGAAUAUGUUUUAGAUGUUUAUAAUACCUUUUGAAGAGACCCAGUAGCCCAUAGCACAAAUCUCGUGGAAAUCCGAUAUGUUUUAAUGUGGCUACCUAGGUUAGGGUUCACGUUAGUCCCCCCCACUCAUCUAGAAGUCCAUUUUGAAAGGUUUUUGUAAAUUUUGUUCGCACUGACGUUCAGCCUCGUCUUCGUUUCAAUCAAGCUCAGUGGCGAACAUGGGAACCACCUUUCGCCUUCCCUGGGGGAGAAACCCUCUUGGCCGAUGGCUUUUCCCCGGAAUCAUAAAACCGCCACCGGGUGACUUUCUGGCUUCCAGAUCCAUCUGCCUGGGACCCCCAGGCUCCUCUCCUUCCAAGCAGAGGAGAGUGAGGGGCAGUAGCUCCCGGACCCAUUCCUGGUUCCACCCGGGGAUGACCCAGCGCGUGGUCCCCUCGCCGGGGCUGUCGCACACCUGGUCUGUGGCCUUCCUCACACCCACCGGGAAAACCAAACCGCCUCUCACUCCAUCCCAGGCGCUCACUGGCUUGAUUCAAACGAAGCCCCGACAGGCCUUUGCGUUUCUAUCCUUCAUAACCUUCAUCUUAAUUUGAACUCGUAGCUUGGACUUUAAGGUAGCAUGGCUCUUUUGCUGUCAAUUUGAUGUUUCACAGCACAGCAAUUCACAGCCAGUGAAUGUUACACACAUCUUGCUAGACUAGUAUAAAAAUCAUUGGGUAAUUGUUGGUUCUAAUGACCUGAAAGGUGUUUAGUUUCUGUUUUCAGUUUUAUUUUUGUUUGGGGUGGGAGGGGGGGUCCUUUUUUCUUCUUCUUCUUCUUCUUGGUUUUUUUUUUUUUCAUUUGGGGAUUUUGGAAGAAAAAAAAAAAGAUUUGUUUGGGUUCCAAAUAGAAAAACAAAACCUGUUUUUGAUCUUUAGUGCAAACGAGGGCUAGGGACUUAGCCACCACCACACUGCUUCAUUCUGCCAUUCACUCACUGCAGCGUCAUCAAAAAUAAAGCAAUAUAGUUUACUACAUGUUUUAUUGAAGGUCAGCCAUGCUUUCUGUAUUAUAUUGCAUAUGAAAUUGUUUACAAAAGAAACACUAACUCAUACUUCUCUUUAUUGGUUGGGAGUGGCAUGCAGGGACAGAGGGAGCCUAGGGAUGGGUGGGGAGGGGAGAAUUUUUUUCUGAAUGUGCUUCACCAGCCAGGCUGCCUCCCAAGAAAGACAAAAAAGCAAGGGGGGGGGGGGGGGGGCGGGCAGAGGGACAGACGCAGGCCAGCACAUUGAAGAGAGACACUGGCGGGCUCCCCCACCCCCACCCUAAGCAGAAAAGCAGCAGAAGUCAGCUCAGCCCAGACCUGGGCACAGACACUACACAAGGAAACACCACCUUAUGUUAAGCAAUACUUCAAUACUGUAAUAUGUUUGUUUUCUUUUCUUUUCCUUUCCUUUCUUUUUUUUUUAACAAAAAAAAAAAGUAAGUAAACUAAGACACAAAGAAAUCUGCAUAAACCCACCCCUCUGGGGAAGCAACCUUAAUCCAACCGCUCGCUCGGCUAUCAAAAAUAAUCAGAAUGUAUUGUCUCAGACAGGCUUUCAUUCCCGGGAGGCGGGCAGGAGGGGGCGGGGGAGAGGGACUGGGAGACAAGUCCCAGAGCCUCCCUAGAAGGCGCUACUGUACCUGUACAUACUGAACCAUCCGUGUGGAAUCUGUGAGUGUCCUCUUGAGUAGCGUGGGCUAGCCAAUCUGCCGUUCAUGGUGUGUUGUAAACUCGGAAUUCCAUAUGUGAUAGGAUGCAAGUCUAAGCGUUUCAUGUGGACAUAAAUGUAUCGAAAUAAAACUUUCCCUCGCACUGUGGCUGACCUCACCCUUACUUUUAUACUUUAGUAUGAAACUGAUGACAACUUUGGUAGUGAGUAUUUUUUUUAUAUAUAUACAUAUAUAUGUAUCUAUAUAUAUAUAUAUCUCAAGCAUCUUUCAGGUCUUUGUGUGUGGCUUUUCUUAAAGCCCUGUUGUAAAAAAUUACUAUGUGGAUGGCAGUCUCUCACAUCACAGAUGUGGAAAGUAUAAUUUUAUAUUUGUAUUUUCAAAUAAAUAAGUUUGUGAAAGGUUUCCAUCCUCUACUGUGGUCCAGAAAUCAAUGUGUUUGUCUGACAAAAAAAAAAUAAAAUAAAAUAAACUGUUUUGAACAGA